UCCAGGGCAGAGCCUGGCGACUCCCGGGCGCGGGGAUGAAACCCGGGGGCCUCGGUGGUGGGGGCUUGGACGCCUCGGAACCGCCUCCAGAGCCGGGCGCGGGAGCCGAAACGGGGCCUCCCGAGGUCGCUGCCUUUCGAUCACGCCGCGUCUUGCACUGCCUCUACCUGGUGGGCUUCCUGGAUUUGUUUGGAGUGAGCAUGGUUGUUCCUCUAUUAAGCCUUCAUCUAAGAUCUCUUGGAGCAAGUCCAACGGUUGCAGGAAUAGUAGGCUCUUCCUAUGGCAUCUUACAACUCUUUUCCAGUACAUUGGUGGGCUGCUGGAGUGACAUGGCCGGGCGGCGGCCGUCCCUGCUGAUCUGCAUUCUCUGCAGUGCCCUGGGCUACCUGACUCUCGCCGUCUCUACCAACAUCUUCCUGUUCGCUCUCGCGAGAGUCCCUGUGGGUAUCUUCAAACACACCCUCUCCAUUUCACGGGCUCUCCUCUCCGACCUGGUCUCAGAGCAGGAGCGCCCCACAGUGAUGGGACAGUUCAACACCGCCUCCAGCAUGGGCUUCAUCCUGGGCCCUGUGGUCGGUGGACACCUGACCGAAUUAGACGGUGGAUUCUACCUAACAGCCUUCCUCUGUUCCUCCAUCUUCCUCCUCAAUGCCGGUCUCGUGUGGCUGGUUCUCUGGACUGAGGGGACACCUGGCACUCCCCUGCACCCGGACACAGAGCCGAGGCCGCGGAAAGAGGCAGAGCAUCCUCAGGAGCCCACCCAGGGAGCUGCAGUGCUGGGAGACCCCGGCCGGGCGCGCUGGGCACCCGUGCUGCAGGCCCUGCAGGACCUCAGGGGCCUGUUACUGCCGGGGAUGUGGGAGCUGCUCACGGCGCGCCUGCUCCUGGCCAUCUCGGUCAUGCUGUACCACAGCAACUUCAUCCUGGGCCUGCAGCAGCGCUUCGGCAUGCGGCCCUGGGCUGCGGGCUACCUCAUCAGUGGCAGCAGCAUCCUGGGCGCCCUGGCAGGCCUGACCGUGGGCUCUGUCCUGCGGCUGCACCACCACGAUGCCCACGCGGCCCUGCGCCAUGCCAGUGCCCUGACCAGCCUGGGGCUGCUGCUCCACACCGUGGCCCAGAGUCUGGGCCUGGUGCUGGCCGCCACCGCCCUACUGGCCGUAUCCACCACCAUCGGCAGGACCUGCCUCACCCACCUGCAGUUGAUGGCCGGAGGGCCCAGGGCCGGAGGGACCCUGGUGGGCCUUGGGCAGUCGGUGACUGCCAUGGGCCGCGUGGCCGCCCCACUCCUCUCGGGCCUGGCACAGGAGCUCAGCCCAUGCGGACCCCCGGGAUUUGGGGCAGCGCUGGCCCUGGUGGCUCUGUGCAUCUUGGUGCGGAGUCAGCCUCCGGCCGGCAGCCGCGUUGGUGAUGGACUGAAGCAAGAAUAAAGUGGAUUUCAGGCCACAUGGUUAAAAAUGUGAUCCAAGGUAGGAAAGACCAAGGAGAAACCACCAAGGCCUCGAGGGGAAGGUGCUUUGCUCCUGAUGGAAAAACAGGAGCUGGUCUCCAAGAGCUUGUGCUCUUGCGUCAGGCUGGGUGAAUGUCAGAUGUCAGAUCCAGUGGCACUGAGGAUACUAAAGGUUGGGGCAAUGCAAGAGUCAGCAUCAGGGGCUGGAGCGAUAGCACAGCGGGUAGGGCGUUUGCCUUGCACACGACUGACCCGGGUUUGAUUCCCAGCAUCCUGUACGGUACCCUGAGCACCACCAGGAGUAACGCCUGAGUGCCUGAGCCAGUAACCCCUGUGCAUCACCGGGUGUGGCCCAAAAGGCAAAAAAAAAAAAAAGCAUCAAACUUUCAGCUAGGUCUUCUCCCAUCUUGACCACUGAGGUUGGGAUUUCCAAGGUGGGUACAGGUGAUGAGGUAGGGACGUGGGCAUUGGCUGGCAGGACGAGGAUUGCACAAGUAGGGGAGACUUCCCCAGCUUUCCAGACUCUUUGCAAAUGAGGUAACAUUCCUUGUAACCGGGGCGAAGAUCUCAGUAUCAUUCUGUGUUAACAGAACAAGUUCACAGUCUCAAUCCUCGGGACUGGGGAAGCUGGUUUACCACCAGAGACACAUUUUAGGUUAUGACGAGGGUAAGUGCUGUUUAAAGGCCAGGGUCCUGGCCCCAUUCAGUCAGAGGCACAGCAAUAUGCUUCUGGUAGCACUUCUUGCAUUGACUCAUCAUAAAGCUAGAAAAUGGAUUAUUUUAUUUUAUUAUUAUUUUUUUCCAGUUACAAAACUUUCAUGUUUGAGUGACAGGCAUACAGUGUUCGAACAUGGAUUAUUUUAAAGGACACUUGUUUUGUUUUGUUUUCAGUCUGGUUUCGGCGGGGGGCAGUGGGGGGGAGGGUCAUGUCCAGAUGUGCCCAGGGACUUUUCCUGGUGUGAUUUGGGGGACCCUGUGUGGUGCAAGGGAUCAAAUAAGGAUCAGCCACAUUCGGGGCAAGUGGUGUUACCCCUGUGCUGUCUCUCCAGUCCCAGACACAUUGGUCUUGAUUAAAGUAAAGGCCAGGCUCUUAGUUGUCGGAUGGAGGCCACCGGGGCUACGUCUCCGGUGCUGGGGAGCAGCAGGUGAGGGAAGGCCUAAUCCGUACAAAGCUGUGCCCCCACUCUGCACUGCCUCCCCCAGCUGGAAUCGCACACCUGCAGACACAGAGCCGCACUGCAGAGUUGUGUUGCUACUUCCCAGAGGCACAGAGCAAACCGCCACGUCCAGAGGGCCAUGGCAUGGGAAGCCCCGCUGGGAAGCCCCCCACGCCAUCUCAGUGUGGACCUGCAGGCAGCCACGUGCAGCUCUCCUGCUGACUGCCAGUGUGUGUUGGCGAAGUUAUUGAGGCCUCCUUGCUCUGACUCACACUAUCUGCCUGCCAACCCACAUGUUCUGUCACCUGUUAGCUGGUCACUGGGAUAGGCUUCUCUUUCUGCCCAACAGAUGUAAGAUCCUGAGUUGUACUUUGAUUUGCUGACUUGUAAUCCUGGUAAGUUAAAAAAAACAACAAAACAUUCUGGGGCUAGGGAGGUAGUGCAAAGGGUUGAAUACAAACAUUGCAUGUGAGAGACUGAGUUCUAGUUUAGCACCUCACAAUGCUCUGAGCACCACCAGAAACAGCCCCCAAGUACCACCAAGCAUGGCUCAGAAUCCUCCACACCAAAUGUGCAUGCGCGCACACAUACACACACACACAUGUAUUUUUGUAAUUUUGGAAGCUGUGUUUGUAAACUGUAAUGGAUGGGUAAUUUGAAAAUUGUCCUUUUUUCUGGUCGGCUACUAAAAAAGACUUUUUUAUAAAGUGGUAUAAUAAUUGUGAACUUUAUCAAGUGUUCAGUGCUCCUGAAGAGACGAAAUAGUGUAGUGUAAAAUGGCUUUGCCCUUAGAGAGCCCAGCAUGUGGUUCUUGGUAUUAGACUCAACACACAAGAAAUGACCAAGGGUUUAUAUAGCGGGAUAAAAUUACAGAAAAGUUUCUCCAAAGAUUAGUUUUUCUUCCUCUCAGAAACACACACACCUUAGAACUUUUAAAGAGAGCCAUGUUAUUUUUUUCUCUCUCGUUUUUAAAUCAUUGUACUUUAUUUUGAAGUUUUAAGAAGCAUAGAAAUUUGAUGAGUCAUUAACCAGACACAGAAGAAUACUAUAAACCAAAGGCUGGUCUCAGACAGUAGCCAAGUCCUUUGACAACUAUCUGCCUGUCAUUUCAACAUUUUGUUCACAUGCUUCUCCUUGAUUAAAUGUUUUCCCAAAGUUCUCUGACAGUCCCUGUGGCAGAAAUACUAGAACACGAUAUCAGUGCCCAUAGGGACCUGUGGGACACUGUGGAGGCUGUUUCCCAAAUGCACCGGGGGGACUCUAAGAACUUUGGCCUGUGUGUGCAGUUUGUGGCAUAUGAUCUCAGGGAAGUGAAAGAGGAUCUAUUAAAGCUGUUUCUCUUGAAUUCUCUCCAGUGAUGUCUAUAAUUUUUUCCAAUAUUUUAGGUAAGUUGCACCACACGAAAUGGCUGUAUUAUAAUAGAAUCAGUCAGUAGAUUGUAUCUGCUUUGGCUCCACAAGAAGGGAGUUUCCUUGGGGGACUGAGCUUGCCUGAGUAGUGUACCAAGAAGAUGCUAUCCUAUCCCCAUGUUGACAUCACAGCCGCCAGCACAGGGGCCACUCAGAGUUGGCCAUAUCUUCAAGUAAGAUGUGGCUGACUGUCCCCCAAAGGCUGGAGGGUGAAGAGAACCAAGCAAGGAAGCAAGGCAUGCCCAGCAGUCGAGAGUGCCCGCACCUCUGCUCCAGAGCAGGGACACUGCUGAGAUGGCCUUGGCCUGUGUUCUCCACCCCAGCAUCUGGGUGCAUUUACAGUAGUCCUGCACCUCGGACCCAGACUCUGCCGAGCGCUGCUGUUUCUGAAGUCCUGACCACAUUGUCCACCUAGAGCUGAGAUUAUGGGGGCAUGGGGGUGCGUCUACUGCCACAGAGCAUUCGGAGCUUCAGCGCUAGGGCACAAGAUGGGUCAUAGCUUCAUGCUGGGAAGAGUCCUGAGGGCCUCAAUGCCUCCAGAAGGUCUUCAUUCCCACAGAGGCACAGGGAAACCAGGAAAGGAUGUGAGCCAUUAGCAGUAUGGGGGCGGUCGGUCCUAGGGACAGGAGGAAGACAGGAGGAGGGUCAACAUCUAAAGGCCUGGUGGCAGUUAGACUGGGACCUGUGGGGAUUCUGGGGUUGUCUGUGACUGGUGCUCCAAUUGAUGCAGAAAGACCACUGAGAGUCAGAGAAAUAAUAUGGCAGGUAGAGUUCUUACCUUGCACGAGGCCAACCUGGGGUUCAAUCCCUGGCAUCCCAUAUGGUCCCCUGAUCACCGACUAGAGUGAUUCCUGAGUAUAGAGCCAGAGUAAGCUCUGGCCAUUGCCAGGUAUGGCCCACAAACAAUAAUAAUGGGGGGGUGCGAAGAGGUAGAAAAGCAGGUAUGGCACUUGCCUUGCAUGUGGCUGAUCUGGGUUUGAUCUCUAGAACCACAUAUGGUCCCACAAGCCUGCCAGGAGUGAUUCCUGAGUGGAGUGUGUGGAGUGAGUCCUGAGCAAAGCUGGGUGUGACCCAAAAAAGUAAAAGCAGGCCACUGAUGAUUUUACAACAUAUUAUGUUAAUACCAAAUUAGAUGCAAUUUGAAAUUUAUUCCCUCUACCAUGAUAGCAAGCAAACUGUUUCAAGAUAAUGUCAUAGGAGGGCUUUCUUUUAUCUAGUUAGGUGAAUACUUUAACAAGUAAAAACAGAUCAUCUGAACUCACCAUUAUUUUAAUUUGAUUUUGAAUAGCUGUUUGUUUGUUUUUUUUCUUGUGUGUGACAGCACACCCACCUUAAGCUGAGUUUUCCUAAUAACAGAGAAGGUGGUGCAAUACCCAAAAGGCACUAGAAAGUACUAGAAGGCAAGACCAGUAUCCAGAAUAAACAGAGCGAGUGAGAAAUGUGUUCUGCAUGCACACUGUACAUGAGGACCUUCCUCUCUUCUGGGGGCUGAUGUAGGCCUGGACAUCACAAAGUCUGGCUUCUGAUGGUGCCAUGUGCACUGAGCUCUUCUUGCCACCUUCAGAACACCUUCCCUGUGCCAUCUCUUUGAAAUAAACUGCUCUCCCCAGCCUGCUAAAUUGUAAGGGCCAUUCAAAAUAACUUUCUGGAUCUGAAGAGGCAAUACACGUACUUGCCUUACACUUUUGGUGCAGUUCCAAUCCCUAGGACCACAUGUGGCCCCCUGAGCCCACUAGCGACACCCCUGAGUGCAGAUAAAAGAGUAAGCUCUGAGCACUUCUGGGCGUGGCCUAAAAAACCAAAUGCUAAACAAAAGCAAAAUAAUUUCCUAGCUGAACAAGAGCACUUAAGCUAUAUGGACAACAAUGGUGGUAAGUGCAGUAAAGGAUUUUGAUCAGGUGUGGAAACCCAUAUGCUGAUGAAGAUGUAAAAUAAGAUGAACAGAUGUAGACUUCAACAUAAUGUGUCAGGGUUAUUAUGAUCAGGGGAUUCACCUAAGGUGUUUUUGUUUUGUUUUGUUUUAUUUGGGUUGGCUUGAAAAACAUUUAAUAUUUCAGAACCUGCAUUAUCUUUAAGAAGAGUCUUUACAAGAGUCUCCACACACAGAGCAUUAAUGGCCCAAAUAUCUUUGUGACUAGGCUAAUAAUAAUAGGGUUAGCCUUAUUUGGGAUACAUGUCUUAUCUUUGUAAGGAGUGUAACUGAAAUUUUUAAUACUCUUGGUACAUUUUUAUCUUUCACAAAUUCUAGCUAUUAUGAGAUCAUUGAGUACAAGCCUAUGAUUUUGAUUUAGAAACAUAAAAACUGAAAUGUCGCCAUAUCCUAGUUUCAUAUGAUAAAUCUUUUUACUAUUAAAUUAUUGGCAAAGUC